UGGAAGCAGCGCUGAUAUGAAACCAGAGGAGUUUUACCGGGCUAGGACUGUGUUUUCUCAUAUUUUAUUGCACUUCGGAAGCUAAUCUUAUUCAAAAUGGAUUCUGUAAACUACAUAGCCAGGCUGAACGAAUACGCACAAAAAGAGCGACUGGAGCUGAAGUAUGAGGAAGUUGGAUGUGUUGGACCUGACCACAUUAGAACGUUUACUUUAAAAGCUGUUGUGAAUGGAAAGCCUUACCCUGAAGGUGUGGGGAAGAACAAGAAAGAAGCCAAACAGAGUGCUGCUAAAAAUGCCUUGAUACACUUAUUAGAUGAAACUUCAGUUUCUACAGGAAGUGUUGCAGAAGUUUCUUCUCCUCAGGUUCAGGUGAAAACUAAUUACAUGAGUUGGCUGAAUGAAUAUGGACAAAGUAACAAGCUCAUGAUAAGGGCUGUGGAGAAAAUCACACCUGGACCCAAUAGUUUAUUUCAGUGUUGUAGGUUUGUGGUGGGAGACAAGGAGUUUCCAGCUGCUUUUGGGAAAACCAAGAAGGAAGCCAGGGAGGAAGCUGCCAGGCUGGUGCAUCAUGAGAUAUUAGGCAACGAAACCUUAGAUACUGGAAAUGAUCGAGACAGCGGCACAUCAAGUCUGCCUUAUGAGGAAGUUGUCUCAGAUAUCAGUAAUCAUGCCAAGCGGUUGAGCCUACAGUCUGAAGACAGCAUCCUCACAGAAACAAACUUCAUUGGACUGGUCAAUUAUUACUGUCAGAAAACAAGGAGCACCUGUGCAUUUGUAGAAGAGAAAAGAAGUGGCCCCUCUCAUAACCCAAUAUUUUCCUACAAGUUAUUGAUUAACAAUGUGCAGUACUCCGUUGGUGAAGGCAAGAAGGCCAAGGAUGCCAAACAGAAUGCAGCUCGAUUGGCCUGGUCUACACUGAAGGAGCGGUCAGACUGGGACAGCAAGGUAGCUGGGUCUGAUGAUUGCACACAAGCCAAGCAGUCCCCUCCAACAAGCACACUGGACACAAAAUCAUCCCUGGUGAUACCAGCAACAAGCGAAUCAAUUGUUUUUGUGGAUCCAUCAAGCCCACCCAAAGAUAAGGUGAUAAGUCCAGUUGUGAAACCUAAAAUAAAAAUUGCUGCAUUUUUUCCAAAAGUCAAAGACAACAGUAAAGAGGAUAUGGUAAAUUUCAAAACCAAUCAUGAAGGAAAUAUUCAGAGUGUGAAAUCACCAACUCAGACAGUUCCAAGUUUCAGCAGAUUUGUAACAGACUAUGAAUCCAUAGAACAACUCGACAAAGGAGCUUUUGGUCGUGUUUUUAAGGCCAAACGUAAACUGGAGGGAAAAUUUUACGCUGUAAAGAUUGUGCGCUACAAAGAAAAAACUCUGGAGGAGGUGAAGGUUUUAUCGGAGCUGAAUCACUGUAACAUCGUUCGGUACCACUCCUGCUGGCUGGAAGACACGGCCUACCGCUGGGACUCUUCCACUGACAGCAGCAGCGCUUCACAGUCUUCCAUUGACCUGUCUAUAAAGUAUCUCUACAUUCAGAUGGAGUUAUGUGAGAUUAAAACACUGCGGGUUUGGAUAGAUGAGAAAAAUAUCCAGAACCCUAAAAAAUCCCUCAGAGACUCCAGGAGAAAAGAAGAGAGUGUGGAUAUUACAGUGCAAAUGGUCAGUGGAGUCGAGCACAUUCACUCCAGGCGGCUCAUCCACAGAGACCUGAAGCCCGCAAACAUCAUGUUCAGCCGGAACGGCACAGUGAAGAUCGGAGACUUUGGUCUUGUCACGGCUGAGAUUGAAGAUGAUGCAGAGAACCAGAAGGAGAGAAGAGGCUACAAAGGAACUCCAUCCUACAUGGCGCCUGAGCAGAAGGAUCGGAGGCUUUAUGACCGAAAGGUGGACAUAUUUGCUUUGGGUCUUAUAUUUUUUGAACUCCUUUGGAACAUACCCACUAUCCACGAGAAAGAAAAGAUGUGGCCUGAUGUCAGAAACCAGAAGCUUCCUCAACCAUUUCUGUAUCAUUUUACUCAAGAGAGCCAAAUGAUAAAAUCAAUGCUGUGUGGUAAACCUGAAGAACGACCGGAAGCAAGUAAAAUAAAAAUAGAUUUAGAGCAGCACAAACGUUUGCUUGCAGAGCUUAAAACCCAGCAACGUGACAGCAAAACAGUAAUCUGAUUACUUCACACACAUUUGGAGGCCUGAUAAGGAUCAAUUAUUCAUUUAGUGACAAGUUAUGUUGGACUCAUAAGUUUUUCAACUUAUGCAUUGAAACUGCUUUAAAGAUGAAAUAUAUUUCUAAAUGCUUGAGCUUAUUGAUUUGAUUUAAGUACAUUUGAAAUGCAAGAACCUGGAAAAUCUGAACUCGAGUGUUUUAAUAGUAUUUGCUUUUAUGACAAAAUCACAUUCAUGCAAAAUAAAUGUUUAGGGAUUAAAAACAGAAUGUGAGAGAAACUGGAAGGAAUUGUUCCACAAUAUGUAAAAUUUAAACUCUUAGAACGUUUUCUGAUUGUGAAGUAGAAAUAAUUAACCACAUCUGUGCCUUCAAUAUGGACACGUCCUGGAUCCAUUAUACAUCACAAGUCAGAAGUUUACAUACACUUUGGAUCUGCAUGAAUCUCUUCCAUUCUGAUACUUAUGAUUUAUUUGAAUCAUGUAUUUCUUGUUGUGGAUUUGAUAAUAUAACCACAACUUCAAUAUAAUUUUAUUUAGAGAUCCUACGUUUUAUUGUUAAAUUUUCUUUUAUCUAAACAGAGUCACUAUCAUACAGACUCAAAUAUAUACAUACACCCCUUCCAAUAUUUAGUCAAAUGUCUCUGAGGAAGUUAUUCCUAAACCACAGUUUUUGUAACCAUCAACAAACUUCUGGCAAAACUGUCUGGAUAUUUGAAUAUUCAUUUUUGCAGACAUAGUGGAGAUUAAUUUAAACUGUUUGGUUUCGUGGCACAGACCUGGUUAAGUUUAGAAAUCUUUGACAUGGUCAAUGUCAUUGCAGGAGCUUAUUGUUCACCUGCUUUAUUCACUCCAAACACGUUUUCAUGGGACAUGUUAGGGACAUGUUCAUUCAGCUCGGUCCGACCCUCUGUCUCAAACUGUUAUCCUUUAGGUGUAUAAAGUAGAUACAUCUAAUUGGUGUAUCUACCAAUUUACAAAGUAAUUAACGGUGUUUAAAUACCAAUAUUUAUGGUAUUUACACACAUUAUUGCACAGAUGCUAGUGGUCUAUGUUAAUACAUUUUAUAUUUAAACACACCAAUAAUGAGAAUGGAAGACAAAAUCCAUAUACUUGGACUUGGGGUGCCCAAGUCCAGUCUUCAAGAGCUGCUACCCUGCAACUUUUAGAUGCACGCCUGGAUCAAAUGGCUGAAUUCUAUGGUGGCUCAAUAAAGAAACACGCUGCAAACACAUGAACGAUGCAAACUCCAAAACAUACAAACACACCAAAUAAAAUUCAACAAAAAAAUGCUGCAACCAUAGAAAAUAGAAGCAAAAGAGAAAGUGCCAGAAUUUUUCUUUGUAAAAUGUUUUCUGUUGCAUUUGUUUUUUUUUUUUUUUUUUUUUUUUUGACAUUUUGAAGUUUGCACUGUUUAUGCGUUUCCAAUGUGUUUCGCUGCUUGCUACGUCUUUGCACCUGUAGGCCAGAUCAGUGAGCUUUGCAGAGAUCGGGUAACAAGUUAUUCAUUUUUAUUCAGGUGUGUACGAGAAGGGGUGCAUCUAAAAGUUUCAGCAUGGUAGCUCUUGAAGACUGGCUAGGGGACUCCUCUUCUAUAACUCAACUUUAAGUCAACAAGUAGUCAGAACUGGAUGUUCCAGACAAGAAUUACCCCACACACAAAUGAAAACUGGCUUGGAUAAAGGUAAUAAAGCUCUAUCAUUAACCUUUUGAAAUAGGUUAAUAGCUACCGGUAUCGAAAAUUAUGGAAUGACUCUUACAACAAAGGGCUGUGCCAGUAAACUAACCAGUUUAAAUUAAGUCCACCUUUUCUGGUAUACGAUAAGGUCAAAUAUUCAGAGAUUUAUACUAGAAGCUUGUUGAUGAUUACAAACACCAGAUGGUUGAGGUUCAACUUUCUUAGGGAGAUUUAACCAAGCAUUUGUAAGAGUGUAUGAAUAUAUUUGAGCCUGUUUGCAUGGCCUUCUUUGUUUAAGCGCAAACAAUCCAAAAUACCAUCUGAACACUUGUUCAGCUGGUUCUGCUUUUAAAACAAUCCAAAAUAAAGUCACACUUGUGUAGCUAGUUCUCUUUUUAAAAUGCAUCAAUAUUAUUCUGCUUUCCUUUAUUUUCAUUCUAUUUUGUUUUUCAAAUUAUGUUAUAAUUUCAUUGUGGUUUCAAUAUGUUUUCGGGUCAGUUAACAUACAACACGAAAAGAUUAAAGAGUUGGUUAUCUGCCCUGUCUUUAAUAGAAAGAGAUUUUUGAGGUGUUUGAAGCAAGUAUGUAGAGACACAAGUGAGUUCAGAUUUUUGAAACCCUUCUUGCAAAAAAUGUGAGAGAAGCUCUCCUCUAUUUAAAGAGGUUUGAGCAGAGCAAAGGGUGAGGAUCCAGGGAGAUAUCUGCCAGUCAGCCAUGUUUUUAAUUUUCACUGGCUCUCCAGUGUGUAAUUGCUGCAAAACAAAAGCAAAUUUUCAGUUUUGUUCAUUUUAGUUCUGCAGCCUGUGUGUGCUGUGUCACAAGCUAAUUCAUGAGACAGCAUGAAUUACUAAUUGUAUAUAUGCUUUGUAAACAAUAGUAAUUUCUGCAGUAGAGCUUUAGUUUUGCUAUGUAGAGGCCAAUGAAAAUGAAUAUGAAAUGAAAAGCAUUAACAUGAACCAGUCUCUGAAUAGCUGGCUGACGUAUGACCUUCACUGUCUGCUCCGCAUCUCUCUCUGCUCUGCUCAGACUUCUCCAGAUAUAAAUUAGUUUUUAACACAUUUUUUGCAGGCAAUGUUUCAGAUGAUGUUACUUCUGUUUACAGUAGCAGGAUUUACUGUUUUUUAUUGCAUCACCAAUAGAAAAUGUGGACACAAAAUUCUGAACACUGGCCCAAGUGUCACAUCAAAUCAUUAAGCUCUUGCAUUUUGAGUAAUAUUUAUAACCGUUAAUCAUGACUGUGUGCUGUCUGAUGAGGUGUUUUGUGUCUGGCACUUUACUUGGUGGAAGAAAAUAAUGGAUUUGGUUUUAUAAGUAGAGGUUUUUAACAAAAAUAUUAUUGUGAGAAAAUGAUCUUGUUUUGGCGUUUUAAAUAUAAACUUGUUUAAGAUCAUUUUAAUACUAUUUCUGGCAGUUUUUUCAAUUUUGCAUCACAACAUUUCAUAUUGUAAUGAAAGACCAAACUGGAAAAUUAAACCAUAUGGAAUUUA